CACACACAGGUUUCUAAAAAAUUGAUGACGUAAUAUAUUAACUGUUCCUUGUUAGAACACAACACAAAAAAAAUGGAAUCCCCUUAGGUGGUAUUUGAGCCAACAGUUGCAGGGUUCUGGUCCUGCUCACUAAUGUCCUAUUGUGUUGCGAAUAAGUGGCGCGGGAAACGAAACCGAAAGCGUGGCACAGCAGCUUUAAUACUUUCCUAGCUUCACUAAAAUUUGUUUCAAAACAAAUCGAUACAGCACAAAGAGUUAAUAGGAGAGAACAACUGGAACCGAAAAAGAGAUGAAGAACAAAACAAAGUUGUAGCUAUAGCCACCAGCUGUUUCACAACAAUAUGGAAAACAAAGAAAUCUCUAAUUAGCUAACUAAAAUCUUGUAGAAUGUACAAAUUGAAUUCAGCAUAAAUAAAUAACUAUUUGCCAUUUGCUAGAUAGCCAUACAUUCUAACUAGCUUUCUACAUACAUGCCUGAAAGAAAGAUCAAAAUACCAUCUGAAGAUAGUGAUGAAGAAGAAGAUGAAGGGGAUGAUGAAGAAAAUAAAGGCACAAAGAAAAUUAAGAAAGGAAAGCGAGGAAAAAAACGAAAAUAUGACAAAGCGGUGUCUCUUACACAACUAUUUCAAUUUGCUGACAGACUGGACAUAAUAUUAAUGUUGGUGGGAACAUUUGGAGCUAUUGCUAAUGGUGCAGCAUUUCCUUGUCAGCUUCUUGUGCUUGGAGAGCUUACUAGCAAAUUUAUUGAAUUUGGAAUUCAGAUUCAACGAAAUAGCACUAAUGCUACAAAAGAGGUUAUUGACAUCGAAGAUGAAAUGGCAUAUUUUUCACAAUUAUACUGUUUUUUAGCUAUUGCUGCAUGGCUGGCCGGUUAUAUGCAGUGUGCUUUCUGGUCAGUUAGUGCUAUAAGACAAACUCAUAGAAUACGACUAAAAUUUUUCAAAGCUAUAUUAAGACAAAAUAUUGGUUGGUUUGAUGUCAAUGAAGGUGGUGGUCUGACUGGUAGAAUGUUUGAAGAUAUGACAUUACUUCAGACGGGCAUAGGUGACAAGAUUGGAGCAACCAUUCAAGCAUUUGUGACCUUUUUGUCAGGUUUUGUUAUAAGUUUUGUACUAAGCUGGAAAUUGGCUUUAGUGGUUUUAUCAUUGACACCUUUGAUUAUGAUUUGUGGAGCACUGAUGGGGAAAGUAAUGGCAGCUUUUACUAGCAAAGAACAGAGUGCAUAUGCUUCCGCUGGUGCAAUUGCUGAAGAGGUUAUUAGCUCCAUACGAACUGUUGUGGCAUUUGGAGGCGAAAAACGUGAACUAGCUAGGUAUGAUGAAAAGCUAGUGCUUGCAGAAAAAGCUGGCGUGAAGAAAAGCAUUAGUUCAGGAAUAUCAAUGGGUAUGUUUCAAAUUGUCAUUGGUUCGUGUGAAGCAUUAUCAUUUUGGUACGGAUCAACACUAGUUGCGGAUAAGUCUGGUAGUUUCGCUGGAGGAGACCUACUAACAGUUUUCUUUUGCAUGCUCAUUGGAGCCAUUCAAAUUGGACAAGCUAGCCCAAGUUUAGAAGCAUUAGCAACAGCACGUGGGGCAGCAUAUUGCGUAUAUGAGACUAUUAACAGGCAAUCACCAAUUGACCCUUUGUCUGAAGAGGGAUCAAAACCGGACAUUGAUCAAGCUGAUGAAAUAGCUUUCAAAGAUGUCAAGUUUUUUUAUCCGUCAAGAGAAAACGUGACAGUAUUAGAUGAUUUUAAUCUUACUAUAAAGAAAGGGACAACAGUAGCGUUGGUUGGUGAAUCUGGUUGUGGGAAAAGCACUGUUAUAAAACUUCUUCAAAGGUUUUAUGAUAUUACCUCUGGUUCAAUAACAAUUGGAGAAGAUAAUCUUAAAGAUAUUAGUGUGAAAUGGUUAAGAGAAAAUAUUGGUAUCGUUAGCCAGGAGCCAGUUUUAUUUGAUGCAUCAAUAGCUGAAAACAUUCGUAUGGGAAGAAGUGAUGCUACGAAAGCUGAGAUAGAAAUAGCUGCGAUGAACGCAAACGCUCAUGAUUUUAUCACAGAUUUACCUAAGGGAUAUGACACCAAUGUUGGUGAGGGUGGUGCACAACUCAGUGGUGGUCAGAAACAGAGAAUAGCGAUUGCAAGAGCUUUGAUAAGAGACCCAAAAAUACUACUACUUGAUGAAGCAACAUCUGCUCUAGAUACUGAGAGUGAAUCUAUUGUUCAAAUGGCUUUGGAUAAUGCUAGUAUGGGUCGCACAACAAUUAUCAUUGCACAUCGAUUGUCAACAGUACGCAAUGCUGACUGUAUUGUGGCUGUUAAAAAUGGAAAAGUCGUCGAGACUGGCACUCAUGAGCAGUUAAUGGAAUCGAAAGGUGUUUACUAUCAGUUAGUCAUGCUGCAAGCCAUUGCUGAGAAAGAAGUGGAAGAACUUUCUGAUGGAACAUCAAUGUUAUCUACAGCUGAAAAAGAGGCUUUGCUAGAAGCACGAAUCAUGCGUUCAUUAUCUGCAAUUUCAAAUGAAAACCCAGAGCUUAUUAAAGACGAACUUUUAGUCCCAGAAUUAAAAAGGGCGUUAUCAAUAAGGAAGAGCAAAGUCCCGAAGGAAAAAAAGAAAAAGUCUAAGAAAAAGAUUAUUGAGGAGGAGCCAGUAGAUCCAGCACCUAUGUCACGUAUACUAAUGUACAAUAAACCAGAGUGGCCGUUUAUGAUAUUUGGGUUGCUAUUCUCUAUUCUAAACGGCAUGGUGCCAAUUGUUUUCUCCAUCAUCAUUGCGCAAAUUUUAGCGACAUUUGCGUUACCGGUGGACGAACUAGAAGAUGAAGCGCGGUUCUGGUCUUUGAUAUUUAUUGCGAUGGGUAGUGUGAACUGUGUCAGUCAAUUCAUGGCGAAUUUUUUAUUCGGAAAAGCUGGCGAAGCAUUGACACAUCGAUUGCGUUAUAUGGCAUUUGAAACGAUUCUAAAACAGGAAAUUGCAUAUUUUGACGACCCUUAUCAUGGUACCGGACAAUUAACCUCUCGAUUAGCAACAGAUGCGACUAAAGUGAAAGGAGCAACAAGUGCACGUCUGAACAUCUUGAUGCAAGUAACUGCUACUGGUAUCGGUGCAAUAGCCAUCGGAUUUUAUUAUAGUUGGGAGUUGACAUUACUUGUUAUGUGUUUUAUGCCGUUUCUUGUGUUCGGUGGCGUGGCUAGAGCAAGCAGGUUUAAAAGUUUCGCUGCCAAAGAAGGAAAACGGUUUUUAGAAGCAAGCGCUAUAUCAAACCAAGCAAUUAUGAACAUUCGAACUGUCGCUUCCUUGGGAAAAGAACAAUUCUUUUUGGAUAGAUUUAGUCAGCUGGUCACAAUACCUUACAAGGAAUCGAAGAAACAAUCUCACGUCUACGGCCUUACAUUUGGCUCAGCUCGCGGAAUAUCUCUUUUCGCAAACGCAGCUGCGUUUCGUCUAGGUGGUUAUUUGGUUCAAGAAGAGGAAAUAAAGUUCCAUAAUGUCUUUAAGAUUGUUAUUGCCGCAACUUUUGGCUCGAUGAUCGCUGGGCAGGUGCUCUCGUUUACACCCGAUUAUUUGUCAGCAAAAGUAGCAGCAGCUAGACUCUUCAAAUUGUUUGAUAGAAAGUCUCAAAUUGACGUGAAUGAAGCCACUGGUAAAGAGAAAAAGAUUCAGGGUGAUGUGUCAUUCAACGGUGUGAAGUUCAACUAUCCAACACGUCCUGAUGUCCCAGUAUUGCAAGGCUUGACUUUAAACAUAUCAGCUGGUCAGAAAGUUGCAUUAGUUGGAGCAUCCGGUUGUGGAAAGUCGACGUCAGUUGGGUUGCUAGAAAGGUUCUAUGACCCUGCUGAAGGGGUGAUUCAACUAGAUGGUAUCAGUAUCAAAGAUUUAAAUCUCCAGCACCUUCGUUCACAAAUCAGUAUCGUCUCACAAGAACCUGUCCUAUUUGCUCGAAGUAUUCGCGAUAACAUUGUCUAUGGAUUACGAAGAGAGAAGACAGAGGUUGCUCAAAAAGAAGUCGAAGAAGCAGCCAGGGGAGCUAAUAUUCAUAACUUCAUUACUAACUUACCAUUGGGAUACGACACGAUGGUGGGUGAAAAGGGAACGUUGAUAUCUGGUGGUCAGAAACAAAGAAUUGCAAUCGCUCGUGCGUUGAUUCGAAAUCCUAGAAUUUUGUUGUUAGAUGAAGCCACGUCUGCGUUGGAUUCAGAAAGUGAAAAAAUUGUACAAGAUGCUUUGGACAAAGCUAUGGAGAAUCGAACCGCCAUUAUUAUUGCUCAUCGACUGUCUACAGUACAAAAUGCAGACCAGAUUGCCGUUAUUCAAGGUGGCCAAGUGAUUGAAAUGGGAACACAUCAAGAAUUAUUAGCAAAACGCGGUGCUUACUACGUACUAAAUACUGCUCAAAGUUGAUGAUGUGAAGUCCACUUUAGUUUUCACCUGUGUUGAUUGUUACUAAAGAUGUCGUCAAAAAAUAUUUCGUAUACUGUAUUGAGCAUAAACAAGGAUGAUAAUAGUACAACUACAUAGAAUACCGACUCAUUGGUUAUAUAUCAAGCAUUAUAUUUGACAUAUUGUGAAAUUUUCCAUGCGUCUUUUAUGUAUACGUGUGGUAUAAUUGCAUCAACCUUUCCAGUUCCGAAAUUGUAACGAAUGGUUUGGAGAGUUGUCAUGUUGCUCUCCAUCCAAAUGUUAUUAUUACCUUGAUUGGCUAACAUCUGUUCUCACCCACUUUAUCAAUUUUAGUGUUCAUUGAAGUUGGAUAUAUUUUUUUUCUUUAACGUUCUGAAAAUACUGAUAACAUGACGGAACAUGGACUAUAAAUUAUUGAAAAGGGGAAAUGUGAUGUUCUCAGCUACUGUCUUGCCAUGUAUUUUUCCCUUACUUACAAAAAAUACAACAGUGGGCUAUUUUUAGGUUUUGUAAUUGAAUUUGGAAAUAUUUUACUUGGAAUGUAAUACAAUAUGAAUUUUAUAUAAUCAUUCUUUUUGCACUGACUUUUAAUGCUUAAAAAUGAAAAGAUAAAAACCAUGUUUUGA